AUGGGGGCUUCCCCAGGAAGGCCGUGGAGAGUCCUCGUUUUCCCGGCGAGAAUGGACACAAGAUCGCAUUUGACCCUAGAGAUAUUAGUGAGAAUGAGGAACGGAGGAUACCUAUCAUUUUGGAAUGAGAACAUCUCAUAUGCACUACGAGGCUGUAUUGUGAUCGAACUAGCAUUCCGAGGUCGAAUCAGCAUGCAGAAAGACUCGUCGAGGCGGCGGUUCCCCCUCGCUGACCGGAUAAUUGAGGUUAUUGACGAUACCUUGACUGGAGAAGUCUUGCUGGACGAGGCAUUGAAAAUGAUGAAAGCUAGUGAGAAAAUGAGCGUGAGCUCAUGGAUCGACCUUAUGAGCGGUGAAACGUGGAAUCUAAUGAAAAUUGGCUAUCAACUAAAGCAAGUACGUGAGCGACUUGCCAAAGGCCUAGUUGACAAAGGUGUACUCCGGACCGAAAAACGCAAUUUCCUACUCUUCGACAUGGCCACACACCCAGUCGCAGAUGGCGGCGCAAAGGAAGAACUACACAAGAGAGUCCGCAACAUCUGCAGCAGCCGUACUGUCAUGCUACCCCCAAACCCGUUCCUUCCAGAGGACAUUGAAUUCAGAUACCUGAGAACUAUUGCAUUGGUGUGCGCCGCCUAUGCUGCGAAUGUACUGGAAAAUGCGCUUGUAACAAUGGGUCAUGAGGCUCGGGAACGAGCCUUUGCGCAGGUCGACGAGCUGUUAGCUGAAUAUUCACAGUGGCCAUUUGUGUCAAACAAGGGCGCUGGCGCACAUGUUAUCGGAGCAAACCUACCACAAGCUGUGGCAGAAGAGGUUGAAAAGGCCAAAGAUAAGGAGCUCCAGCUCGAGGUUGUGGCCGCAUGUUUAGGUGUAUUCACCCGCCUUGACUCCUUGCUUUAG